AUGGAGCGAAAGGGGUCACAGCUGGCAGGCAGUGAGCAGAGCUGGUGGGGCAGUGCCCCCCAGUACCAGUACAUGCCCUUCGAACACUGCACCAGCUAUGGCCUACCCUCUGAGAACGGGGGCCUGCAGCACAGGCUGCGGAGAGACACCGGUCCCCGCCCCAGCGCCCACCCCACACAGAUCUAUGGUCACCACCAAGGACAGUUCCCAGAGAAGGAACCAGAUGCCAGGGGUCCCCAGUGGACAGGCUCCAACAGCACCGAGGGCAGCAAGGAUGAGGACCAUGAUUCCAAGUGCCAUGCUUGUCUCCGCCGCCUCGGCCGCAUGGUGCGCAGGAAGCUGGGGGAGGACUGGAUCUUCCUGGUGCUGCUGGGGCUGCUGAUGGCACUGGUCAGCUGGAGCAUGGACUAUGUCAGUGCCAAGAGCCUGCAGGCCUACAAGUGGACCUACCGCCAGAUGCAGCCCAGCCUCCCCCUGCAGUUCCUGGCCUGGGUCACCUUCCCCCUCACCCUCAUCCUCUUCAGUGCUCUCUUCUGCCACCUCAUCUCCCCACAGGCUGUCGGCUCUGGCAUCCCUGAGAUGAAGACCAUCCUCCGCGGUGUUGUGCUGAAGGAGUACCUCACGGUCAAGGCCUUCGUGGCCAAAGUGGUGGCGCUGACCGCCGGGCUGGGUAGCGGCAUUCCCGUAGGCAAAGAGGGCCCCUUUGUGCAUAUCGCCAGCAUCUGUGCGGCUGUCCUCAGCAAGUUCAUGUCCGUGUUCUGCGGGGUCUACGAGCAGCCGUACUAUUACACGGACAUCCUGACCGUGGGCUGUGCAGUGGGCGUUGGCUGUUGUUUUGGGACCCCACUUGGAGGGGUGCUGUUUAGCAUCGAAGUCACCUCCACCUACUUUGCUGUGCGCAACUACUGGCGGGGCUUCUUUGCAGCCACCUUCAGUGCCUUCGUCUUCCGCGUGCUGGCCGUGUGGAACAAGGAUGCUGUCACCAUCACUGCGCUCUUCAGAACCAACUUCCGGAUGGACUUCCCCUUCGACCUGCAGGAGCUCCCAGCAUUCGCCCUCAUCGGGAUCUGCUGCGGCUUCCUGGGAGCUGUGUUCGUGUACCUGCACCGCCAGGUCAUGCUGGGCGUUCGCAAGAACAAGCUUCUGAGCCGCUUUCUGGCCAAGCACCGCCUGCUGUACCCUGGAAUCGUCACCUUUGUCAUCGCCUCGCUCACCUUCCCCCCAGGCAUGGGCCAGUUCAUGGCUGGAGAGCUGAUGCCCCGGGAGGCCAUCAGUACCCUGUUUGACAACAACACGUGGGUCAAGCACCUCGGGGACCCGGCGAGCCUGGGCCAGUCGGCCGUGUGGAUCCACCCGCAGGUCAAUGUGGUCAUCGUCCUCCUCCUCUUCUUCGUCAUGAAGUUCUGGAUGUCCAUUGUGGCCACCACCAUGCCCAUACCCUGCGGAGGCUUCAUGCCCGUCUUUGUGCUAGGCGCCGCCUUCGGAAGGCUGGUGGGAGAGCUGAUGGCCAUGCUGUUCCCAGACGGCAUCUUAUUUGAUGACAUCAUUUACAAGAUCCUUCCUGGGGGUUACGCAGUGAUUGGGGCAGCGGCUCUCACCGGCGCCGUGUCCCACACGGUCUCCACAGCGGUCAUCUGCUUUGAGCUGACUGGCCAGAUUGCACACAUCCUGCCCAUGAUGGUGGCUGUGAUCCUAGCCAACAUGGUGGCGCAGAGCCUGCAGCCAUCCCUCUAUGACAGCAUCAUCCAGGUCAAGAAGCUGCCCUACCUGCCAGACCUGGGGUGGAACCAGCUCAGCAAAUUUACCAUCUUUGUUGAGGACAUCAUGGUGAGAGAUGUCAAGUUCAUUUCCGCUUCUUGCACGUACGGGGAGCUGCAAGCCUUGCUCCAGGCCACCACAGUCAAGACCUUACCUCUGGUUGACUCUAAAGAGUCCAUGAUCCUGCUGGGCUCCGUGGAGCGCUCGGAGCUGCAGGCCCUGCUGCAACGGCACCUGAGCGUGGAGCGGAGGCUGCGGAGCGCCCAGGACGCGGCCCGGACGCUGUCAGAGCUGCCCUAUGAUGGCAAGGCCGCCCUCGGGGGUCGGGAGUCCUUCACGUUCGUGGACGAGGACGAGGACGAGGACCUACCCCGGAGGGUGGAGCCGCUGCCUUCUCUCCCUGCUCCUGUCUUCCCUGUGGUCCCACCAGACCCAGAGGAGCCCAAUGGGCCCCUGCCCAGCCUCAAGCAGCAGCCAGAGGCCCCAGAGCCUGCCGAAAGAAGGCCCUCCAUCUUCUGGGCCCUGCUCCGCUGCCUGGUGGGCCAGGCUCGCCCCCCCAAGAAGAAGGUCAGCCAGGACCCUGCGGACCUGGUGGACAAUAUGUCCCCGGAAGAGGUAGCAGCUUGGGAGCAGGAGCAGCUGGACCAGCCUGUGUGCUUCGACUGUUGCUGCAUUGACCAGUCCCCGUUCCAGCUGGUGGAGCAGACCACGCUGCAUAAGACACAUACGCUCUUCUCACUCCUGGGCCUCCACCUGGCCUACGUGACCAGCAUGGGCAAGCUCCGAGGUGUGCUGGCCCUGGAGGAGCUCCAGAAGGCCAUCGAGGGCCACACCAAGUCCGGGGUGCAGCUCCGGCCACCCCUCGCCAGCUUCCGGGCCACAACCUCAAAGCGGAAAAGCGCUGGGGGGCCACCCCAGCCUGCAGAGGGCUGGAGCCUGCCUGGGAGUGGACCUGGAGCCCCUGGGACCCCUGGGACCGAAGCUCCCGACCCCCCGGAGUCGCCUGUGCCCUCGCCCUCCCCAGAGCCCCCAGCCACCCCAUCCCCUCAGAGCCCGGGGGAGAUGGAAGAGCUGGAGCUGGGGGAGGGCCCGGGGCCUGAGGAGGGGCUGGGGGACGUCCUGCAGGGGCCCAGCUUACGGUCCACGGACUCUGAGGAUGAGGAUGAGCUUGUGCUCUGA